AUGGCGGCACCACACAGAGGCACCUCACCUCACUCUCCGGUUUCUGGAGAAUCCUCCCACUCAGCCCAGGCGAGCGAAGGCAGCUCGUACGGUCCUCACACGAGCGAGCCCCAGCCACAAGCAUACGGCUACGAGGAGAAGAACGAGCACGCGGACAGUCAGCAGUCUUUGCUCUAUCGCAACCAACCCAGUCCUUUCAACGCCCCCUUCGAUGAUCCAUACGCCUCUACCGACUCUUUGCGCCGCUAUACCCUGCACGACCCUGGUGUUACCAUCUUCCCGGAUGGCCCCUACCAGGAAUCCGCCGGUGGAUUGAACCGUCGUUCUGGAGUGCAUUCCCCUAUGUCAGAGACACCCUCAGAGGCCUGGCAAAACCGUCAAGCGCCAGGAUCUGGUCUCCGGCGUUAUGCCACCCGAAAAAUCAAGCUGGUCCAAGGUUCCGUGCUGAGUGUUGAUUACCCGGUCCCCAGUGCGAUCCAGAACGCGAUCCAGAAGGAGUAUCGGGAGUCGGAAGAAGGUUUCCCGGAAGAGUUCACCCACCUGCGCUAUACCGCCGCCACUUGUGACCCCGACGAGUUCACCCUGCGUAACGGUUACAAUUUGCGACCGGCUAUGUACAACCGACACACCGAGCUCUUGAUCGCCAUCACCUACUACAACGAAGACAAAGUUUUGACGGCGCGAACACUGCAUGGUGUUAUGCAAAAUAUUCGGGACAUUGUGAAUUUGAAGAAGUCCGAAUUUUGGAACAAGGGAGGUCCAGCCUGGCAAAAGAUUGUCUGCUGUCUAGUCUUCGACGGUAUCGAUCCUUGCGACAAGAACACUCUCGAUCUGCUCGCCACGAUUGGUAUCUAUCAGGAUGGCAUCAUGAAGCGAUCCGUCGACGGUCGCGAAACUGUCUCUCACAUUGUAAGUCCCCGCGAUUCGUUGUUCUCGACGUCUCCCUUCGAAUAUACAACCCAACUUUCCGUCACGUCCAACCAGCAACUGAUCCGGCCUCAGGGCAAUGAAUCGAGCAACCUUCCUCCUGUCCAGAUGAUCUUCUGUCUCAAACAGAAGAACAGCAAAAAGAUCAACUCCCACCGCUGGCUCUUUAACGGUUUCAGUCGAAUCCUCAAUCCAGAAGUUGUGAUUUUGAUCGAUGCUGGAACCAAGCCUGGAAAGAAAUCCCUUCUCGCUCUUUGGGAAUCCUUCUACAAUGACAAGAACCUUGGUGGAUCUUGUGGUGAAAUUCACGCGAUGUUAGGAAAGGGUUGGAAAAACCUGAUGAAUCCCCUUGUCGCCGCGCAGAACUUCGAGUACAAGAUUUCCAAUAUUUUGGAUAAACCACUUGAGAGUGCCUUCGGAUAUGUUAGUGUGUUGCCUGGUGCCUUCUCCGCCUACCGCUAUCGCGCUAUUAUGGGCCGACCUCUGGAGCAAUAUUUCCACGGAGAUCACACCCUCUCAAAACAGCUUGGCAAAAAGGGUAUCGAUGGCAUGAAUAUCUUCAAAAAGAACAUGUUCCUUGCCGAGGACCGUAUUCUCUGCUUCGAGCUCGUGGCCAAGGCCGGUUUCAAAUGGCACUUAACCUACGUCAAGGCAUCCAAGGGUGAAACCGAUGUACCCGAGGGUGCAGCCGAAUUCAUCAGUCAGCGACGUCGAUGGUUGAACGGUUCUUUCGCCGCCAGUCUGUAUGCGAUGAUGCACUUUGGCCGUAUCUACAAGAGUGGUCAUAACAUCCUUCGUCUUUUCUGUUUGCAUAUCCAGAUGACCUACAACUUUGCGGGUCUGGUUAUGACUUGGUUUUCUCUCGCUUCUUUCUGGCUCACCACUACGGUUAUCAUGGAUCUUGUUGGAACUCCCAGCAGUGCAAACAAAAAUAAGGGAUGGCCAUUCGGUGACGAUGCGACGCCGAUUGUCAACAAUUUCUUGAAAUACGGAUAUGUGUUCUUCUUGCUCCUGCAGUUCAUUCUGGCACUUGGAAAUCGACCCAAAGGUUCGCGUCUGGCAUACACGCUAUCGUUCAUCUAUUUCAGCAUUGUCCAAACGUACAUCAUGGUUCUGUCCUUCUACCUGGUCAAGAAUGCCUUCACUGGUGGCACACUUGAUUUCAGUCUUGACGAUGGCGUUGGUGCAUUCUUGAAAUCCUUCUUCAGCUCUUCAGGAGCCGGUAUUGUCCUGAUCGCUUUGGUUUCAACUUACGGCAUUUACUUCCUGGCUAGUUUCAUGUACAUGGAUCCCUGGCAUAUGUUCACGUCCUCGUGGGCCUACUUUGCUGGCAUGACCUGUUCCAUCAACAUUCUGAUGGUCUACGCCUUCUGCAAUUGGCACGAUGUUUCUUGGGGUACCAAGGGAUCCGACAAGGGAGACUCCUUGCCCACUGCCGAGACGAAGAAAGAUGACGCGAAGUCUAACUUCAUCGAGGAGGUCGACAAGCCGCAGGCUGAUAUCGACAGCCAAUUCGAAUCAACCGUGAAGCGCGCGUUGGAACCUUGGGUCGAGCCAGAGGAACAGGAUGAACGCAGCAUGGAUGACGGUUACAAGGCUUUCCGAACUAACCUGGUGUUGAUUUGGAUCUUCAGCAACCUGAUCCUCGUCCUGUGCAUUACCAGUGAAGGUGUUUCCCGCUUGUGUCUUACGAACACCUCCACAGUUCGAACCUCCAAAUACUUCGCCGCCAUUCUGUGGACGACCGCCGGUCUGUCCAUUUUCCGCUUUAUCGGAUCUUGCUACUUCCUCGCAAAGUCUGGCAUUCUUUGCUGUGUCUCUCGCCGCUAG